GCCGCCCGCCAACUCCGAAUGCCGUUUCUGCUCUUCAACCCUAUAGACAAGCCCAGCUCCGCCGUUAUUUUCUUGCCUAAAAAUUGCGCAUUUUGGACCAGCCAUGCGGUGGAGUGUCAACACUCUGCCGCAUCAUUUUCAGCACGCUGGAUCCUGUCACGCAAAGAAUAGCCACCUUUCUCGACUAUCAACAGUCCGUCUUUAGCGCUUUAGCCGACCCGCCGUCCGCGCCGCGCGAGUCCAGAAAAGAUAAGCAAGACAGCGAAUUAGCCGCGCGCUGGCCUCUGCGCUCCCUCGACAUCCGACCGAUCCUCAAGGGCGCCAUCUCGCUCCCCGCGCUGCCGCCCUUCUCUUGCAACAUGGCCGGACGAGGGAAACAAAGCGUUCCCGCCACGCCGCGUGUUAUUUCUCCCAGCCCGACACCGUCGGAGAUGGAUGCCAUCGGUCAGGAGUCGUCGUCAUACUCGGGCCCGACAACCCGGUCAGCCGCGCGGAAGCGGGCAGCGGCUACCCCGCAGCCUGCGGCGGACGACAUCGACGAGGAUGAGAGCCCGGACCUCCGGAGGGCCCGGAGCCGGAGCCGCAGCCCGAUCGGCCUGCAAAAGUUGGGCAGGCUGACACCGCUAAAAUCCCCUCCCGCCGCCGCCGACGGCACCAUCAAGCCGCUACCGGCGGGGUCGAACGGGCACGUCCCCGAGAAAGCGGCCGCGAUCUCCAACGGGCACCUGUCACCCCCGCAUACGACAUACUACGGGUUCAGCUGGCGCGAUUUCAGCCGCAGUCCGAGCCCGCUCGGGCUGAUACCGAUCCACCGGCACUGGCGGACGUUUGUGCACAAGCACGAGGUGCCGCGCAAGGCGCUGCACGUCUCGAUCGGCUUCUUCGUCGUGUGGCUGUACCUGUCGGGCACGCAGACGUCGGCCGUGUGCCCGUACCUCAUGGGCGCGCUGAUACCCAUCGCGGCCGUCGACGUGCUGCGCCACCACUACGCGCCCUUUAACCGGUUUUACGUCAAAGUGCUGGGCGCCCUCAUGCGCGAGAGCGAGUUCUCGGGCUACAACGGCGUCAUCUUUUACCUGCUCGGCGCCUGGGCCGUGCUUUACUUUUUCCCUAAGGACGUCGGCGUCAUGGGUACCCUGCUCCUCAGCUGGUGCGACACGGCUGCGAGCACUUUUGGAAGGUUGUACGGCCGCUACACACCCCGCAUUCGCCGCGGCAAGUCGCUCGCAGGGUCGCUGGCUGCGUUCCUUGUUGGUGUCGGGACGUCGGUGUUCUUCUGGGGCUGGCUCGCCCCGACCAAAGGUCCGCUCCCUGGCGACGAGAACUUCAUGUUCACCGGCUCGCUUGGCCUUCCUCGGGCGCUGGUCGAUGCUGUGGGUCUGGCCCCGGAGACGGCCACAGUGUCUGGCGGGCUUGCUCUGGGUAUCAUGAGUGUUUGGUCCGGUUUUGUAGCUGCGGCUAGCGAGGUUGUUGAUCUUUUCGGAUGGGAUGACAACCUGACGAUACCGGUUCUGAGCGGCUUGGGGAUAUGGGGGUUUCUGAAGAUAUUUGGGUAAAGAGAGCGGAAUGGUUGGUUGGGCUGGAGAGAUACGCGAAAAAGAAGGCGGAUGCUGCCAUUAUGACUGGGUAUGGCUUGACGGUGUAUGUUCAUUAGAUGCAUGGGUCGGCGUUCUGGACGGCGGGGUGCUGGGUACUGGCAGAUGCGCUUGGCCGGCUGGGAAGUGAAGAUUGCUUUGAUAAUCACCGUAUACAGACUUGUAGAUGGAUCUCGAAUGUCGAAAUCUCAAUUCCUCCCCGCAU